GGCCUCAUUGACUACCAUCCUGCCAUAAUGUGGUGGUGGCUGCUGCUCACUUUUCCUUUGAUUAUUCAUUCCCAAAAUGAGGAAUGGUGCGAUCCAAAUUUGUGCGACAACGGUGCCCACAUACUGUGCAAGGAUGAUGGGAAGUUUUACAACUCGUGCCCACGAGAUCAGGCAGAACUCAUCCCAAUGACAGAAAGGGUCAGAUCGAUGCUCACGCAUGUGCAUAACGAUUUGAGAAACAAAGUAGCAGCUGGCUACAAGGAUAUGCCAAAGGCAGCGAGAAUGUUGGAGAUGCAGUGGGAUCUGGAUCUGGCGAAAGUGGCCGAGGCGGCUGUGAGGCUGUGUAGAUUGGAGAAGCUCUCGUGUGCCACAACGCCAAUCUAUAUGUGGACCGGCCAGAAUGAAGCUUUGGAAAUGUCUGACUGCCUCAAGAGUAGUGAUUUGGUAAUAAGAAAACACCUAGACGACUGGAUCAGGCAGGGAGACUAUGCACGUAAGAAUCAUUUGACUGAUCCUUUCUCUGGGAUAACCGUGACGUACUUUCUUCAAAUGGUACGCGAUAGAUGUGACCGCUUUGGAUGCGCCGUCAGUCGCUAUACCGAGAGAAAUAUAACGCAUCAGCUAAUUAAAUGCAUAUAUAGGUGCACCUUUGCGGUGUCUAGCCCCACAAAUCCCGUGUACGAGGUUGCACUCACAAAUGGAGGUGAAAAAUGUGCUUCAGGCCGCAGCACUGUUUAUGAACAACUAUGUCAUAAAAGGGAAUCC